AUGAAACUUGCAUUUAAUUCUAUUGUCCGUAAUUGCAACAACAAUAGCAACCCUACAAAAUUGAUAAAAAAAGUGAUAAUGAAGUCACUUGGCCAACGUGACUUCUCUGCACAAGAGACUAUGCAUCAUCUCAUGUCACUGAAACUUGUCAGCUCAUCAUUUAAUGUGGUACCUAUUAGUCUAAAUGGUUCACGUAGAAUCAAAACUAUAACAAAUGAUGGAGAUACUGUAACCAAUGACUCAUUGCUUGAUACUUACGCUAAAAGGGAAAAAUAUAUUCAAACCAUCCCAGAUAUAAUGGCUCUUAAUUUCAUUCAUUUUGCAACAAAAUACAAACUUGUCAACAACAAACUAACAGUUCAGCCUCAUAACAUGAUUCCCAGAGUUUUUCCAGUAUUUUCUUCCAAUUCAAAAGGUCCAAAUUUUGGACUUUAUUGCAAAUAUCAGUUACUUAAGCGCAAACCUUGGCAUACUACACAAGACAAUGCCUGGGAUUGUCAGGAAGGCACUGAUGAAAUAUACAUCACAAAAUGGAAGGAAUUUCUACAA